AUGGCAUUUUCUAAUAAGAGGAAAUUAGUUAAACCAGAAAAAGUUUCGAAUAAGAAGAAAAGCAAUACAUCUAAUAAAAAUAGGGAUAAUUUUAAUGUAAAGACAGAAAUAAAUCAUGUGAACAGUGAUAUUAUAUCAAUCGAUGAUGAGAAGGGUUAUGAUAAAUGUAGUAAUGCUAAUGAUAGUAACAUGAAUGAUAGAAGGAGAACUGGCAGAAAUGCAAGGUCUACCCAGAUGAACAGGAAUGAUUUAGAUGAUAGCACUGAAUGUUUUAAAAAUUUAAAGAAAGGAGCAGUUAUUGAAAUAACUGUAUACAACUGGAUGGUGUUUAGUGGACCAAUAAAGUUAAAAGCACAAGAAGGAAUAAAUUUAAUUGCUGCAGCAAAUGCUAGUGGUAAAUCUUCCAUCGUAUGUGCGUUAGUGUUCGGGUUAGGAUAUAACUCUAAUGUUCUAUCAAGAAAUAAAGAAUUAAUUAAUUUUAUUAAAAAAGGAGAAAAAAAAAGCUAUAUAGAAAUAGUGUUAAAAUGUAAUGAAUUAAGUAAUAUAUGUAUAAAAAGAAUAAUGAAUAUUAUAGACAAUAAAGUUAAAAGUUUUUGGUUUAUUAAUAACACAAAAGUAAACUAUAUAAAUAUAUUAGAUAUGCAAAAGGAAUUUAAUUUAAAUUUAGAUAAUUUGAUUACCUUUAUGCCUCAAGAAAAUGUAAGCAAAUUUUCAAGGCUCACUCCUGAGGAACUAUUUGAAUGUACACUACUAGCUAUUGAUAAAAAAUUAUUGGAUGAUUAUAACUAUUUAAAAAAAAUAGUACAAGAAAAAAAAGAUGAUGAAACUCGGGUUCAGAUGUAUGAACACGAAAUUAAGGAAGAGGAAAAACUAGUAACCGAUUUACAAGAAAAAAUAGCGAAAUUUGAAAACUUGAAAAGCAUACUUGCUACUGCUAAACUGUACAGGGUAAAAAAGUCUAUGUUAGCUAUGAGUAUGAAGAAAGAGCAGUUAAAAAAACUAAAGGAACGGAUUGAUACUUUAGUUAAAGAGAAAGAUACUCAUUUUAAUACACUGAGAUUUUAUUUAUCUGAAUUAGAAAAAUGCCACAAGGUAAUAAAUAGUUUGUCAAUAGAAUAUACGGAUAGAAAGAAAAAAAUCAGAGAAGCAGUCAAUGAAUACAUUAAGAUGAAAAUAAAAUUCGAAGAAAUAGAAAAAGAAAUUUUAAAAGAAGAAAAGGUUAUGGAGGAUACUGUACAAAAUAUGUGUGAAAAUAAGGAGUAUAUAAAAGAUUUAGAAAAAAAGAAAAAAGAGGUAAAAGAAGAAAUGCAACGAAUUGAAGCAUUUUUUAAAGAGAAACAGAAAUAUAGUAAAGAUACUCAAAAGAGACAAAUUUUGUUGGAAGUAGAACUAAAAGAAUUGUCGAAUCAGAACAAACAAUUGUUAAUGAAAAAAUAUACGUUACAAUCUGAACACAACUCACUUGUUGACAAAUUAAAGAAAAGACAAAAUUAUCAAAACAUACAAGAAGAGAAAUUUCUAAAUAACAUCGAGUUUACAUUAAGAGAAAGAAUUAUGAACUAUAAAAAAAACAUAAAAAAUAUUGUUAAAACAUAUAAUUUAUUAAGUGAUCACUUUCUAGAAAAUUUAAAAAAAAAAUAUGAUGAAUCAAAGAUAGCUAGCCAAAAUGAAUUAAACAACGAAAUUAUGGAGGAGUUAUCAAAAAAAAAUAUUUUAUAUGGUCCUCUUUGUAAAUAUAUUAAAUGUAUUCAGCCGCAGUUUGAUUAUGUGGUGGAAUUUUUUUUAAAAAAAUAUUUCAAUAGUUUUUUAUUAAUUCAAAAGGAAAACAAAGAUUUGUUAGAAGCAUUGUAUAAAAAAUAUAAACUAUCUGUAAUAACUGUUUCAAGGGAAAAUCAUAAAUAUUGUUAUGUAACAUAUGAAAUGAAAAAAAGAGGAGUGGAAUAUUUUUUAUACGAAUUAUUUGAUAGCCCGGAAGUCGUAAAAAAUGGGUUAAUAAAUUUCUUACCAAUAAAUAUUGCCUUUAUUGUAAGAGGAAAUACUCUAAAAAAUAAAGGAACAAACGAAAUAAAUGAGUUUAACAAUUUUAUGAUAAAAGAAAUUACAAAGCAGUUGAAUGAAGAUGUAAGUAGUUUGCUUUAUUUUUGUGAUAACAAUGUGCAUAGAUACAAAAUAAGUACAUACGAUAAAAAUAUUUUUAUCGAUAACUUUUCCUUUAUUGAUAAGAAAUGCAAAAUUCUAUAUUAUAUCAAUAACGAUGUAAAAAAAGAUUUAAAUAAUUUAAACGAAAAGAAAGACAAAUGUGAGGAAGAGUUACAAAAAUUGCAACAAACUUUUCAAGAAUUUGAAAAAACAAAAAGGGAUAAAAAUGAUGAAUAUAAUAAAAUAAUUUUAGAGAAAAGUGAAAUAAAUUUAAAAAAAAAUAAAUUCAAUUUGCUUAAGAAAGAGUUAAACACGUUAGAGGAAAAUUUGAAUUUGUAUUUGAAAGGAGAAAAUGUAAUUGAUGAAAAACGAAAUAGAGUAACAAAAAAUAUUAAUAUAUUAAAUGAAAAGAAAAUAAACAUUUGUGAUACGUACUUUACUAUAUUAAAAGAACAUAGAGUAUAUGAUAAGGAGGUAUUUACCUUAUCACACAAGAUAACACAAUGGAAACGGUACUUAACUAUUAUAAAAAAUGAAAAUUCAGAGAACGAGGAAAAACAUCAAACAUUAAAAAAUAGCAUUGAGCUGGAAAAGACAAAAUACACAUCCUGCUUACAUGAUAUAAACGAGUUAGAGCAGCUAAUCAAAGUGCAAAAAAAAGAACUAACAAAAGAAGAGAUAAAUGCAUUGAAAGAUAUACAUUUGUCUUUUGAAGAAUUAGAAAAAAAAUUACAAGAGUGUUUAAUACAACAAAAAAUAUAUAAUAAUUUAGACAAAAGUGAAGAAAAGUAUAACAUGCUUGUAGUAUCUGUCGAAAGACAUAAAGAAAGUAUUGAAAAUAAAAAAAAAGAAAUCCAUUUUUUAAAAAAAAAAUUAGAAAAUUAUGAUAAACAAACUCAGUUCGUAUUACCCAAUUGGGUUAAUCAAAUAAAUGAAUAUAUUAUUUUUUUAAAUUAUAAUUUUCAAAAAUUUAUGAAUUUUAUAAAUUCAAAUUAUGAUGGUCGAAUAGAAUUAAUAAAAAAAAAUGAUUUUUAUGAAAAGUGUCAAUUAUUCAUUAAAGUUAAAUUUAAAACGAACGCCCCCUUUUUGUUAUUAUCCAUAUCGCAUCAGUCAGGUGGUGAACGAUCCUUAACAACCAUGUUGUAUAUACUGUCAAUUCAAAAGUUAACAAAGAAUGGCUUCUACGUUCUAGAUGAACUAAAUCAAGGACUUGAUCAAACUAAUGAAAAGAGAAUUUUUGAGUUGCUCUCCUGUUUGUCAAAUCCCACCAUGUACAAACAACAUUUCCUUCAUGAUUACCAGUACAAAUAUAUUAAAAUUAAUUAUCAUUCAAAACCACAAUAUUUUAUAUUAACCCCUCAAAUAAUUAAAAAUAUGUUUUUCAAAGAUAUUACCGUUCACUAUCUCUUUAACGGUUUUGGUGUUCUGGACGAUCAGUUUCUCGGCUUCUACGACUGA